UGUGUGUGUGUGUGUGUGUGUGUGUGUGUGUGUGUGUGUGUGUGUGUGUGUGUGUGUGUGUGUGUGUGUGUGUGUUGACUGUAAACACUUUAGCUCAUUAGAGAGGAAAUGAAGCUACAACAUGAAGCUAAUGAGUGUCAGUGCUGACAGCCUCACUGUGACACAAGAUGGAGGUCAGAGGUCGCUGAGGUCACACCGUCUGGUGAUCAAUGAAGAGACACAGGUUCAUUCAGCUCAGAGGCUGCAGAUGUCUGUCUGUCUGUCCUUUAACAGCAACAUGAAGAGAAGAUUGUGGUGUCUGCUCUGGGUGUGUGUUUGCUGUGUUGGUCUGACAUGUUGCUGGCACGACCUGGACAACAGCGAGUACGACUGCUGGCCACUGGACAAACCCAACGAAUCCAACAUGAUCGACUGUGGCGGUGAGAACCAGGGAGUCUGUCCUGCUGUGUGGUCGAUAGAAUUCAUCUUCUCGUCUUUUGUUGGUCUGGAGAUGGCCUGGGUGGUCCGUCCUCCAGAGACGGUGAAGACCGGCGAGGUGUUCAACGUCACAUACUCAGUAACAGCCAGUGACUCUUUCUACCAAUGGGCUAUCGACAACCAAAUCUUUACACACAGUUCCAUCAUGACCCCUGAACAAGCUCGGAGGUUUUGUGAACACCACGACUGUCCAGCCAACUGGAAAGAUGCUAACGGAGAAAACUGCUGCAUCCACCACGCUAACAUCCACUCCUGUCCUCUGGGAUACAUGGCAACAGAGAGCAUCUGUGGUCCCUGGAUCCCUGACGAUGGAAAGAUCUUCACUCACACCAUCUCGACCUCCGGCAGGAUGACCCAGACCAACUGGACCGCCAAGGUGGUUCUGAUCCACGCCGGUUUAACCUCGCUCAUCGCUCACAUACGAGUUGGUCGCAUGCAGGUUGCUCUUGAGGCCAAGAGCACCGUGUUCCCAGCUGUAGUUUGUGGUGAUGGUGUUUGUGAGGAGGAGGAGUUGUGCUCCACCUGUCCAGCAGACUGUGGUGAAUGCCCGAUGACCGCAUCCACUAAGAUCGCCAUCGGCCUGCCACUCAGCCUGCUGUGCCUCUGCAUCACACUGACGGCUACAUGGCUGAGGUACCAGAAACAGAGGCUGCUGUGGGAUGAGAGCUGGAUCAUCGACUACGCUACGAUAAAACAAGAUCAUGAAGCUCGUAUGACCAUGGGCAGCAUCAUGAGUGUACCGGUGGGGAACAGCGACAGCAACACCAGCUGUGUGACGGGUCUCAGCUCCCAUACGGGACAACCAGGGAACCGGAAAACGAUGUUCACCUGCACUGGGAUAUAUGAUGGCAGGACGGUGGCCAUCAAGAAGAUUCAAUCAAAGACUUUCUCUCUGUCCAAAACCAUCAGACAGGAAGUCAAACAAGUCAGAGAGCUCGAUCACCCCAACCUGUGCAAGUUUAUUGGAGGCUGUGUUGAGGUGCCUAAUGUUGCCAUAGUGACGGAGUACUGCCCAAAAGGAAGCCUUAACGACGUUCUCCUUAACGAGGAGGUGCCACUGAACUGGGGCUUCAGGUUUUCCUUCGCUACAGACAUCGCCAGAGGGAUGUCGUACCUCCAUCAACACAGGAUCUGUCACGGCCGACUCAAGUCUCUGAACUGUGUGUUAGACGACCGCUGGGUUUGCAAAAUAACAGAUUACGGGCUGCAGACGUACCGGAGGGACGAUGGGGUGGAGCCUCUUUCCAGCUAUCAGCAGAGACUGUUGGAGGUUUACAUGCCGCCUGAGUUCCAUAACUCCAACAUGGAGCCGACGCUGGCGGGAGACGUGUUCAGUUAUUCCAUCAUUCUGCUGGAGAUUGCCACUCGCAGCGACCCUGUCCCAGCGGAGGAGUCUAACCUGGAGAGCACCUGGUGUCCUCCUCUACCUGAGCUGAUCUCCAGUAAAGCCGACAACACCUGCCCCUGUCCUGCAGACUACGUGGAGCUGAUCCGGCGGUGUCGCUCUCACAACCCCGUCCACCGGCCCACCUUCGAACAGAUCAAGAAGUUUGUUCACCGGGUCAACCCGAUCAAAGUCAGCCCGGUGGACAUGAUGAUGAACCUGAUGGAGAAGUACAGUAAACACCUGGAGGUGCUGGUGGCCGAGCGGACUCAAGAUCUGAUGCACGAGAAACAGAGGACGGACCGGCUGCUGUACAGUAUGCUUCCUAAACAGGUAGCUGAUGACCUGCGGCAGGGGAAACCACUACAGGCUCAGAGUUACGUCAGCGCCACCAUCUUCUUCAGUGACAUCGUGGGCUUCACGCAGCUCUCCAGCAGCAGCACUCCGUACCAGGUCGUAGACUUCCUCAACAAGCUCUACACCACAUUUGACGACAUCAUUGACAACUACGACGUCUACAAGGUGGAAACCAUCGGGGACGCCUACAUGGUGGUGUCAGGCGUUCCUCAGGAGAACGGGAUCCUUCACGCCGCAGAGAUCGCCAGCAUGGCUCUGGACCUGGUGGGCGUCUGUCGCACCUUCAGGAUCCCCCACAAACCCAACACACAGCUGCAGAUACGGGCUGGGAUACACUCCGGUCCGGUCGUUGCCGGGGUCGUUGGGACAAAGAUGCCUCGCUACUGCCUGUUUGGAGACACGGUCAACACGGCGUCCAGGAUGGAGUCCAACAGUCUGGCUCUGAAGAUCCAGUGCAGCUCCAGCACCUUCUACCUGCUGGAGGAGAUCGGCGGCUACGUGUUGGAGUGCAGAGGAAUGCUGCAGGUCAAGGGGAAAGGCGACAUGGUGACUUACUGGUUGGAGGGGAAGAAGAUGCCUCUGGUCAUCAAGGACGUCGCCGCUGACGCCAAGACCACCAAACACGUCACCAUGGAGACGGAGGCGGAGAGAGAAGCGGACCUGUACGCCUCCGUGCCGGGAUGUCUGAACCACGACCUGCUCAAGGAUCAGACCUGAACCCCUACAACUGUUUGUUUAAUGUCUGAUGUGAUUUCUGCUUCAGUGUUUGUUGACAGUUUGCCUGUAACGUUCACAACAUGUUGCAUGUUUGCAGUUUAAUGUAAUUCAUUAGACAGAGAGGUGAGUUUUAGUGGCAGGUGUUCACGAUGACACAGGCCUGCAGAAGACACCAGAUUUUAAUCAUAGCUGAUUUGAUCAGAUGUUGAAGAAACAUUCCUGUUUUCUGCCUCCUGAAAGUCAAAGUUAGCAGAAUAUCCUCCUCUGCUGCACAUAAACAGACACAUUUGUGAUAAUGUCAUCUAGAAGUUCAUUAGUCAGGAGCUGAGGUAACACACCUGCUGGGCUCUGACCAGGUGAAUCAAACAUGUGCUUCAUAUCAUCCAGUAUUUGUUCUUUAAAUUCAGCCAUUGAUUUUUGUACAGUGCAGACUGAGUUUACUUGUUAUAAACUAACUAAUAUCUUCCUUGUUCGUCUCUUUGCUCCACAGUCUGUGACUAAAUGUAAUUAAGUUAAAAAGAAGUCUGUGUUGUUUCUGUUGUUGUUUCAGGCCGUCGUGUUUACAGAUUAAAUGUUCCUACAACAAGACGUUAAAUAAACUAAAGUAUUGAAAAUACCAAAUAAAUUUAAAUGAAACAG